AUGGAUCCUUGCGAAAACUCUCAGUUGCUGCACUAUUGCAGUGCUUUGCUUCAGGAUGACAACUGUGAGUCCGGAGCGGAAGAUGCGGAGGGUGAAAAGGCUGUGACAAAGGAAGUCGAAGAUGACCCCGAACUAGGAACAGCUCAUCAAGAAGAUGAAUCGAAGAAGAACACGCACACAUUUUCUCUCAGAAGGCGGAGCACCCGUCGCCCAACUACGGAACAAAAAGCAUUGAUUGCUUCAAUUGCUCGUUUCCAGCGCAAGAUCAAAAAGGUACACCAGGUGCGAAAUUGCGUGUAUUUCACGAUCUCGACGAGUUCUCGAACGAUGGAACAGGAACAACGAAGCAUGGCAGCGUUGUUGUCGAAAUUCCGAAUAAAUUUCAGCGACGUGUCCGUUAUUUCUGACAUUGGACGAAAACCCAGACCAGAGACCAUGAUGGUUUGGGAAACUUUGAUCGCACCGUUCAUUUGCAAAGAUGAUCAGGAUUGUCCUCCCGGUAUGACCACCAAAACUGAGCUGGAUGCGCAGAAGCAAAAAACCUAUCGACAGCUGCGUACUGCUGAACUUCUUCAUGAUCACUCCAUGGACGUCGAUCUUGUCGUUAUAACUUUACCCGUACCACGUAAAGGUAUGGUCAGCGCUUCACUGUAUCUUUCAUGGCUAGACAUAAUGACUCGACGUCUUCCACCCACUCUACUGGUUCGUGGAAAUCAAACCUCAGUUUUGACAUUCUACUCAUAA